CCUUGUUUGUGACCAGUCUAAGUUUUUUUUUUUUUGAAACGGAUUCUGAGCACUUUCGACCAAUGGUCGCUGCUGAUCACACGCUGGCAUUCCGUGACGCCGUUCGCAAGGCUCGCUCGCUGGACGCGGCUGUUGCAGCAGCCAUCGCAGAGUCAUCCACCAGCGAACCGCACUCCAGCACUGUUGCAGCAGCAUCAUCAUCGAGUCGAGCAACUGGAACCGACGAUGCGAGCAACAAUAGCGACCCCUUUGCAGCCAGUGCGCGGCAGAUUGCGAGCCACCUCGCGUCGCUGCAGCAGUUUGUGCAAGAGCAUCGCCACGACUAUCUCAACGCGACGCGGCAGACGGGCGGCGAGCAGCGGCUCUUGUCCAGCGAGGCCCUGGAGCAGCUCGACUCUGACGCGAUGGCCUUUGUCAAGCAGUGCACUCAAAUGAUUGCGUCCGCCGAGGCUCUCGUUCAAUCGCCGUUUCAGCGCGGAUCUGUUAAGCAAGAAGCAUCACAGCAGCUGAUUGCACAUCGAACUGCGGUGGUGAACCUGCUGACCACGCGACUCCAGGCGCAAGGGAAGGAAGUGAUGCGUCAGCGCGAUAUUCGUGUCAAACGUUCGCUGCAGCAGCGCGAAACCAUGCGACUCGACGGUGGCCGAGCCAACGCUAGUGCCACAUUGACGGCAAGCAGUGGUGGACGAUCCAAGAGCCCUGCUCAAGCAAGAAGUGCUGCUGGCAAAUCCCACACACUCCAAAGUGCUUCGUUACCCAUCGAGGACACGCUCCACCACGCUGAAUCCGACGGAGACGAUCCGUCGUUUGCCAUGCUGAGCCCCGAAGAGCUCAUGGAGCUGGAGCAGGACAACGAGCGGGUGUUUACCGAGCUGCACGUGCUCUCCGACCAGACACGACUGGCCGAGACUCGCAUGGUGGAGAUUGCGCAGCUGCAAGCACAGUUUGCCUCCCACGUCAUGGAGCAAGCUGCCUUGGCCGACUCCAUCCACGACCUUGCCGUUCACACCACUGCCAACGUCGCUCAGGGCAACGAGCAGUUGACCAGUGCGUCCAAGCAUCUCGGCUCCUUCCGUCUCUGGAUUUUGUUCUUCCUGCUGCUGUGCUCGUUCUGUCUGUUGUUUUUGGAUUGGUACAGCUGAGCCGUAAAGCCACCAGGCCGAGAACACAAAGCAUGUACAUGUUGUUCUCGGUUGGUCGGUGGACAGUACUUGCACCAUGCUCGAAAACGCAUCAGCUUGCUGCUCUGUCCUCGGCGACAAUAUAACAAAUAUAACAAAUGGAAACAAAAAAAGAGAGCUCGG